CAAAGAGCGAUGGCAAUGGGGGAAGACGAUGGGCGAUCGAUUCUCACCGACACUUCUGCUUCUCAUGCCACUCGCACUGCUUUAACAUCCAGCUGCUGCGGAUGGACGACGUCGGCAUCGCGGUACACGCUGGCGUCGUUCCGGGAGCUGCCGGAGUACGUGAAGGACAAUCCAUCCUCAGCCACCAUCCACGCCAGCAGGCCGCUCGCCAAGGCCGCCCGCAGCUUGUUCCGUUGGCACAACGAGAAGCUCAGCGUCUGGUCAAACUCUAAUAGUGCAAGAACUAAUAUCUCUUACUCAAAGGAAUUGCUUUUGGGUACAAAUUCUUUGGUGAACUCAAAUCAGAUAAUGGAAGAAGAAAAUGAAGAUCAGUUCCCUCCAACCAGCCGCGACGCGGUGGCCGUUCUUUGUUUUCUUGGGCAAAUCCAUGUUCUGCCUCCUCUCGAGCAGCAUUUGCCACCUUUUCUCAAGCCAAUCACACUGCUUGAACAACCAAUUGCUGCAGAUGGACUAUGUUGGCAUCACGGUCAUGAUAAUCACCUAACGGCAACUGAUCUACAUCAGCAAAAAUAAUGGCAAUGGGGAUGUUCACUUUCGUGACACUGCUUGCGCCUUCUCUUUCUUCUGGAAAUUCCAGGCGUUUUGGGCGAUGCUCUUCUCAUCCAUGGGGUUUUUCGGUAUUGUACCUGCGA